AUGUCGUCUGACUCAGUUAUCACCGUUAACGACAUUCAUUCUCAAUUAAAUCCGACUCGAGUGGCUGAAAUCGUCAAGGUAGACUCAUUGGAAGCAAUCCAAGAGACUGUCGUCAAAGCUAUAAAAGAGAAUCAAUUUAUUUCGAUUGCUGGAGGGCGACAUGCCAUGGGCUGUCAACAAUUCGGUACUGACACGGUUCUAAUAGAUACCACUGCACUGAAUCAAAUACUAAGUUUCAACAAAGAGACGGGUCUGAUUGAGGUUGAAGCUGGUAUACAGUGGCCAAAAUUAAUUGACUAUCUCGUUGAAACACAAAAAGAUGUUCCCUGGCCACAACAAUGGGGUAUUACUCAAAAGCAAACUGGUGCCGAUCGAUUGACCAUUGGUGGAACGCUGGCAUGCAAUGCUCAUGGGCGAGGCUUGAAAAUGCAACCUAUCAUUGCUGAUGUUGAUUCCUUUACCCUAAUUGAUGCACAAGGUAAUUUUCUCACGUGCAGUCGCCAAGAAAACAAAGAACUCUUUGGAUUGGUCAUUGGCGGUUACGGCUUAUUUGGUGUAAUUUAUUCGGUAAUAUUGCGCUUAACACCCCGGAAAAAAGUAGAACGAGUAGUAGAACUCAUCACGGCUGACAAACUACCGGAAGCUUUUGAACAGCGUAUUCAAGCUGGUUUUCUCUAUGGUGAUUUUCAAUUUUCUACCGACGAGAAAUCGGACGACUUUUUAUAUCGUGGAGUUUUCUCUUGCUAUCGGCCAGUUGAUUCGACUACCGAAAUGGCAGAAGCUCAAAAAGAGCUUUCUGAAGAGCAUUGGGACAAUCUCUAUUAUCUUUCACAUGCUGAUAAAGCUGAAGCAUUUCGCCAAUAUACCACUUAUUACCUAUCCACAUCUGGCCAAAUUUAUGCAUCUGAUACUCAUCAAUUAAGUAUCUAUUUAGACGAUUAUCAUCAUGAACUUGAUCAUCGCCUUGGUUUAGGAGAACAGGCCUCUGAAAUUAUUACUGAAAUUUAUGUUCCUCGACCUGAACUUCCCGACUUUCUGGUCGAAGUUCGAGAGGAUUUUCGAGCCAACAAGGUGAAUAUGGUCUACGGGACAAUUCGAUUGAUUGUACAAGACACUGAAAGUUUUUUGGCUUGGGCAAAAAAGUCUUGGGCCUGUAUCAUCUUUAAUAUAAAUACAGUGCACACGCCGGAAGGGUUAGAACAUUCCGCUAAUGCCUUUCGUCGCCUGAUCGAUCUGGCUAUUAAGCGUGGUGGCAGUUACUAUUUGACCUAUCACACAUAUGCUAGUCGUUCACAGGUUGAAACAUGUUAUCCGCAGUUUGCCGAAUUUCUUCGCCUCAAGCGACUUUAUGAUCCGCAAGAACGUUUUCAAAGCAACUGGUAUCGUUGCUACCGAAAUAUGUUUAAUACAAAUGACGCGAAUGCUUACUCAAUGGACCCUUUAAUCUGGGAAGUGAAAACUUCGAAAUGA